AUGAGUCCAACUAAAGUAUUGAAAAAUUUAAGCAUUGAACUAAUAUUUAGUCCGCCACCGAAUAAUAACCCAAUCACUUUAACAAUAGUGAUUAAAAAAGGUCAAUUGUUGCUAGACGUUGUAAGGCAUUUUAUGAUGGAAAAUAAUAUACCGUGUUAUUUGGAAGUGUCAACUUUAUCCACUAUUGAAGCUUUAAUGAUGGCAAGUUUGCGUAAAGAUAUGGAAAAAGACGUUGAAAUCAAUGAAACAAAGGCAUAUAAGAUUCGAUCCGAACUUGUAGCAAAAUACCAAAGGCACACGAUUCGCUAUAACGAUGCUCCAGCCGAAGAUAUAUUUCCUAAAGCUUAUCAUACAUUAGUUCAUUCUCCAGUUUCAUCAAUAUUUGAUACAUUUUUACAAUUAGAAAGCAUUUAUAAACAAGCGAUAAAAGAUUUAAUUAAUGCAAGGGACAGAGAAAUGUCGCUCAUUAAUGAUCGACAUAAAGUAGAAGUUGAUGAUUUUGAAGAAUCUGGCAGCCAAGCUGAUGGUGGACUAACUAAAGUAAUAGAAAGACAAGUUGAGGAAAUUGAAUUUCUUCAAGCAACUUCGACAUCAGCAUUAGAAGAAAUUCAAAGAUCACAGAAACAAGAGUAUUGUAAUUUUGUGUUAAGAUUACAUGAAGCACAUCAACGAUUGUUGUCAGAACAACAACAAACCAUUAGAUUAGAUGGUAGAGAGAUUGUAUUAGAGGUUUUAAAUGAAAUGAAAAAUAAAUGUAACUUAUCAAAUGAAUUAUUAAGAUUAGAUAAUCAAUAUACAAAUGGUAGCAAAUCUGCUAGUAGGAGUAGACAUGGAAGUAUUAGUAGUUUGGCAGAAGUUAUGCUUCCAUCUCCUUUAAUAUCUCCUCCUUCUUCUAUGCCAUCAUCCAGCAAUGUUGACGAAAAAUUAAUUGUUAAUGGCAAUAUCAAUGAAGAAAUUAUUAAGAUCAAAGAAAUGGGCUUCACCGAUGAACAAUCCAAAGUAGCUCUCGAGAUGGCCAACGGCAACAUGCAAGAAGCAAUUAUGUUAUUACUAGAUAACAAGAAGAAAGUAGAUGCGAUAAUAGCAAAUGGAAGUGCGUUAAAUUCAAUUCCGAUUCCACGGCGUCCUUCAAUGGUUAGUCAAUCACAACAAUUAUCACCUCCUCCGCAUCGUCGUUCAAAGUCACAUAGUAAACAAUUGCAGUUGGCGAUUCAGAAACAAGAAAAAAAAGGAACUUGGUCGCCAAUUACAUUCCUUCAACAACAGAAAAAUAAUAUGAUGACCUCCCAAAAUAAUUCAUCUGUUAGAAAAUUAGGUGGAUGGAUUAAUAAGGCUAUGGAAAAUUUUGGAUUUGAAGAAGAGAAUGGAAAUGGGAAUCAUAUGCAAUUAGAAGAUCCUCGUUUAGUUGAAUCGUUUACUAUAUCACUCGGUAAUCAAGUUAAGGUUACUCAUAAUCUUAGAUUAUUGGUUUCGGAUAUGGAUGAUUUGCUUAAAUCUUCUAAUGAUAUUGCUCGUGAUAUGGCUUAUAGAGCUCAAACUGCUGCUAGUUUAUACUCUCAAGAUUUAACUGCAAUCAUUUUAUUAUUAACCCCAAAAGAUUGGCCAUUGUAUAAGUUGGGAAAAAGUGCUAACAAAGGAUUUUUCGAGAGAUGUAAGGAAUCUACAGAGUUUCACUUUAAUAAUGUUGAGAAUCAAUUAGAAGCCAUUGAAAAUGAUUAUUCGCUCGAUGGAACUUCUUUGCAAGAAGGUGACUUCUUUAUCACGCGACAUUCCAAUCUACCUUUGGUCCAUGUCGUAUUUCACUUGGUGAUUGAUUUUGAAUCAAUCCAAAAAUCCGAAUUAACGCACCGUUCGCGUGUAAUAUCCGGAUUACGCAAUAUAUUGAGAACAGUAAACAGAUUUGAUAUCUCAAAAAUAUCGCUACCGUUCUUACUAUUACCAUCACAUGUUGAUGUGUUUUCUGAUCAAAAUUUAGAAAAAGUACUUUAUCGCAGGGGUGAAUUGGUAUUAAAAUGUACCAAAGGUUUUAUGAUUGAAAAUAGUAGAUUACCAAAACAUGUUACAGAGAAGGAGAAUGAUACCAAGACCGUUUCAUUUCUGUUACCAAAGACCGCCAAUGAACAACAAUUUCAUGAUUUUAGACAUUUGUUAACAAGUACUUUCGGGGCAAGUUAA